AAGGGGGGCUUGGCAUUAGCUAUAAAUAAAGCACAAGAUGAUACAGAUGGUGCAACUCAUCUGAACUUUUCCACAAGAAGGCUGCACAGAAGAAUGAUUGCUUGAUUGUUCAGAGAUGACUUGUGCUCUGUGCUUCCUGGUGUUGGGCUUGUGCCUGGCUUUCUCCAACCAACUUUCAGCAGAAGACAGUCUGGGGGGACCAUUCAUGCUGAGUGCUUUGGAGGAUGCAAAGAGGACCGUUGAUGAGGCCUACAAAUACUCACGAAAAGAAAGUCUGUCCCGUGUGCAGAAGAGCUCAGCCAGCCCUGCAGAUGUCCUGCGCCUGCUGAGGCAGCCGGCCCGGGACACUCGCUCAGCCGUGCGGGCUGCAGACUACAUGGACUACACCCUGAGCCUGAUCCAACAGAGGGUUCACCACCUGCACAAGCGCUCUCUCAAUGCUACAGAUCUGCUUACUCCUGAUGAAAUGGACACCAUCGCCCGUCUGACCGGCUGUUCAGCUCGGGUCCAGUCCCCACGCUGCUGCUCCAUCCCAAACGUCAACAAGUACCGAACUGCCACUAGCAUCUGCAACAAUCUGAGAAUGCCACGGCGUGGAGCAUCCAACACUCCCUUCACCCGUUGGCUGCGUGCUGAAUAUGAGGAUGGGAUCUCCCAGCCCAAAGGAUGGAACCCUAGAAGACCUUACCAUGGAUUCUUACUCCCCCUGGUCAGGCAGGUCUCCAACCAGAUUCUGGCCACAUCUAAGGUAGAUAAUGACCAGAAAUACACCCACCUGCUGACCAUCUUUGGCCAGUGGAUUGACCACGACGUGACCUUCACCCCCCACUCGCCCAGCAUGCGCUCCUUCAGUGACGGCGUCAACUGCGAAGAGACCUGCAGGAAGGUUAAUCCCUGCUUCCCCAUUGAGAUCCCGAAGGGGGACCCCCGCUUCGGCCGAAAUUCCCGAUGCUUCCCAUUCUUCCGCUCCGCCCCGGCCUGCAGGUGGAGGAGCAAUGUGCGGGAGCAGAUAAACUCCCUGACGGCCUUCCUGGAUGCGGGGCAGGUGUAUGGCUCGGAGAACAUGCUGGCGCGCGAGCUGCGUAACCUCACCAGCAGAUGUGGGCUACUGCGUGUCAACCAGAGGUUCAGCGACCGAGGGAGGGAGCUCCUCCCCUUCUCCACCAUGGACCCCAGCAUGUGUGCCACUCGCCGGAGGAUCACCAACAACCCUAGACUGCCAGAGGUGCCCUGCUUUAUCGCGGGUGACAGCCGUGUGGAUGAGAACAUCGCCCUUACCUCUUUGCACACUCUGUUCCUGCGAGAACAUAACCGCCUGGCGCGGGCCCUGAAGAAGCUCAAUCCCCGCUGGAGCAGCGAGACGAUCUUCCAGGAAGCCCGCAAGAUCUUGGGAGCCUACCAGCAGGUGAUCAUAUUUCGGGACGACUUGAAAGCCAUCAUCGGACCCAAUGCCUUUAGUACAUUUCUUGGCAAAUACCGUGGAUACAGUGCCAACGUGGACCCCAGCAUUGCCAACGUUUUCGCCACAGCUGCCUACCGCUUUGCCCACCUUGCCAUCCAGCCCAUGAUAUUCCGACUGAACGAGAACUACAAGGAAAACCCUCAGUUCCCCACUGUGCCACUGCAGAAGGCUUUCUUCGCACCCUGGAGGGUGGUGUUCGAAGGUGGGAUUGACUCCGUGAUUCGGGGACUGGUGGGCCGUCCCGCCAAGCUCAACACGCAGGAUCACAUGAUGCCAGAUGCACUCCGUGAUGGGCUGUUCCAGUUUAGCAGUCGCCUGGCGCAGGACCUGGCUUCUCUGAACAUGCAGCGCAGUCGGGACCACGGCAUCCCUGGAUACAAUGCAUGGCGUAGAUUCUGUGGCCUGUUUCAGCCACGGAACUUGCCACAACUGUCUAGGGUUUUGGGAAACUACGGUUUGGCGCAGCGGUUGCUGAAGGUAUACGGCACCCCUGCCAACAUCGACGUGUGGUUGGGGGGGGUCGCGGAGCCCUUUGUCCAAGGGGGACGUGUGGGGCCCCUCUUUGCCUGCCUCAUUGGCAAACAGUUUCAGAAGAUCCGCAAGGGAGACAGGUUUUGGUGGGAGAAUCCAGGCGUGUUCAAGAAGAGACAGAGGGCUUCUCUGGCCAAAGUCUCUUUGGCCCGCAUUAUCUGUGACAAUACAGGCAUCACACACGUUCCCCGCGACCCCUUCCUGAGCAUCAGCCCCAUCAACUGCAACAAAAUUCCUGCCUUUGACCUCACACCCUGGAGGAGAAGAUGCCCAGACGACAACCUGACUGAUUGCAGCGAUUUUGAGGUUAGUGGACAGAAGAUUGUUUGUUUGCUUGCAUGGCUAUCAAAACUAUGUUAAUUCUCACCAAUCAAGCCUCACAACAUCUUAUGUAUCC